UAACGACAACGGAAGUGAUGCUUCUAACCUGACCAAAAAUUCAGUGCAACUAAUGCCUCACUCAGAAGACGAGCUCGAUCUCACUGAUGGUUCGAAGCAGGGCUCUGCUAGCGAUAAGAUUAGUACUUUUACUGAAAUCGCAGCUCGAGUUGGCAAAGACCUUCAUGAGAAAGGAUACAAGAACAGCGAACUUGACUGGCUUGAACUCGAAACGAAAAUGAGAGAAAUGCUUUCAGAACAGCUUCAAAUAGUCUUCAAGACAUUUGAUAAAUAAAACUGAUGAGAUAAAUCAGCUGAAGAAAGCCCAAGUUAUAUAUAAGAAAUAAAAUGGAUAAAAUAGAUCACUCCAAUAUCCAAAACACCCACAAGAUAGAAGUCUGUCAUAAAUAUAUCAAAAAGGUCAAGGACAUAGAAGGAAAACAAAGGGUCUCAGAGAGCAAGACAAAGGCUACGUUGGAUAACUUCCUCACUAAAAUUGAGAAACAAUUUGAAGAUAUCAACUCUAAUGCUGAUAAUAUUUCAAAAAUUAAUGACCACUUAUACGGAGAAGAUAAAGAUACUCCAAAUAUUGACGAUAAGCUGAUCCUCCUCAAGGGUGAAAUCCACGACAGCAUCUCUGCUAGUCAGGAAGAGAACUUGAAGAGGUAUGAAGAGAUUCAAAAUAGCCUGAAUAAGCUUGAAUCUCUUGACUCGAUUCACAGCACAAGGCUGGACAACAAUAAAGCUUUGUUAACUAAAGUACAAGCGUAUUAUAAGAAGAUUACGCAUUCACAUAAAUCUAUCAGGGAUGAACUCAGGUUGCUGGGUGAAAAGAAAUGAGACAGAUCUGAUUUCCUUAAGAGUAAAAGUAAUCUUACUACAGAUAUACACAACCUCACUAUCUCACUGGAGAAUACCAAGAGAGAUCUAAGAGAGGUGGAGAGUUACCUCAUUGUGUACAGACCAGUGAAGGAGUUCUCUGCAGUUGUGAGAAUCCUAGACCAUAUCUUCACUGAUAAGAAAGAGAGAAAACGUCUCAAUUCAUAUGUUGCAAAUAUGAAAAAUUUCUUCAAUGAAGCUAUAGCAAAAAAAGGAAACCAGUGGCCAGAAUAUGAUAGAAAGGAAGUAGUCGAUCUUGAGAUCCCUAAAUUAGUCACUGAAUGGACUACUAAUAAAGGAUCAAAGAAAUUUAGUGACAUAAUGUCUCGGCUCAAGCCAACACCUAGCCAGGCAAGCUUUUCUUCAGACAAAUUCUCUCAUUUAUCACGAGAAGAGAGUUAUAUAAAUAAUAAAGGCCAAAAAGUUAGAGAAAUCACAAUGUCAAUCAUUAGUAGUACAAAGAAAAAAGGGAAGCCUAAGAGGGAUAAGUCCAGUCAAAAUCAAUACUUCAACUCCAGACCAGAAAGCCAAGUCCAGAAAGAUGAUAUCCUUGAGAGGAGCCCCACUCAGCCUAAGAAAAACAGAGAAAAUAAGGCUCCAGAACAUAGAGAAAGCGCAAAUCUCUCCCCGAGCAAAAUAGAUCAAACAGAUCUUCAGAGCAAUCAGAAGCAGACCCAGAUUUUACGAAGAAGAACUGCAAAGCAGGAUAAAAUGAAUAUCAAGCUAAAGUCUGAUGAUAAACCUCUAAAAAUCUCGAAUCAUCCUAAAGUCAAGGACAUUAUUAACGAUAAUAAGGGCAAACAGUUUAAUUCCCCUGAAGACACUAAGCUAAAGAACCCAUUUCAGUUUGAAAAUGAUAAGGCGAACUUCUCAUUCCAGAAGCCUGAACACUUGACUUCUAGUCAGAGAGCAGCAUCAGCAAUGCUUCCUGAAAGUUCUGAAGGAAAGGGUGAUUCGACUUCAAGGUCUAAAAGUAUCAAGUUGAUCAAGGAUGAGGAGGAAGCCCAUCCUUCCAGCCCAGUUGAGGAGAAGAAGAGAGAUGUCUCUCAUGUUAAGGAGUUAAAAAUAGUUACAACUACUCCUUCAAAUAGAAAAAUGUAUGACACUCAUAUUGCUCUUAAUAAGAGUACUGGAGAUCCUUCUUCAAUGGAAAUAAUGCAAGCAAUUGGAGCUCAAGAUUUCAAAGAGAAGGCAAAUGCCCAAUAUCAGCAAGACGGUUCUCCGAACAAAGACACUAAACUACCACCAGACAAAGAUCAGGCUAGCGAGACCGAUAAACAUAUUGAAGAAAGUCCUCAUUUCAAGAUAAAUGACGUCAGGUUAUCUAAACCUGAAAUAAGGAUAAAACCUCCUACCCUUAACUUAACAUCUCCAAAGAAGGUCCAAGCUAUCCAGAACAAUGACAGUCUGACUGAAGAUUAUAUUUCUGAGCAGUCGCCAUCUGAAGAUAAAACUGUUGGGCACAAAACAGAAGAUAUUUAUGAAUUUGAUGACAAUGGGAAGUUUGAAUUUAGAGCUACUCAAAGAAAAAGAAUCGCAAGAGGUGACCAGAGCUUAACAAAACAUCUCUCAAGUUCAUUCAAAGAUUACCCUGAAAAACAUAAUACCAUCACUGAAGCAUACUCUGACCUUGAGGAGGAAGAAUUAGAAAGUGGCGAAUCUGAAGAGGAAGCUCAUCAUUUCGGAGUCUCAAUAGAUAGAGUAGAGUCCAAAAUCCAAGAAGCAGUUGAUGAGCUACAGAAAGAAUUCAAGUACCUCUUGAAACAAAAUCUUGAACAAUCUACUAAGGACUGUGCCAGUAAUACAGAGUAUCUACACAAGAUAUUCAGAAGUGAAAUGAGUGAUAGAUUCAACAUCCUAGAUAAAAAAACUGAUGAUAACUUCGAACGAACAAAAGGCUUAAUCAAAAUCACCCAGAACCGAAUGGAAGAGGGCGUCCAAACGAUGCAAGGCUUCAUCAGAGAGUCAAAGGUUGACCGAAUGAAGUUCAAAGACAGAGCAAGGAGAGAUAUUGAAAUUAUGAAAGAAACCACUGACACUCAUAAUUCUCAGAUUGAUACAAUUCACAUGAGUAUUCGUAACAUUACUCACAGUAUAACCCACUUAUUCCAAAACGAAUACCUUUGAAAUGCCUUACAACUCCAAGAUGAGAAGGAUAGACAUUCUAUAGCUCUCUGGGGAGCUAAGAAUACUACCAAAAUGGAGAAAGAGAAGUACAACUCUCACAUAGACCCUCAUCUGAUCAGUGGAGAGAGCAAGCUUCUGAAAAGAGACAAAACUUCAAGUCUGUUUAACAAAAGAAAAUCAGAUGAUUUAUUUACUAGCACUGUGAGAGAGAACUUGAACAAAUCUUCUAUUCAAAAUAUUAAGAAGGUUAUCGAGACUAAGAAUAAUCAGACUCAAAGGCAUAAAGCUAAAGAUUCAGCAUUUAGCUUAGACCAUCAAAGCUUUCUAAGUAUUAAAGAGAUUGAGCAAGAUCCUAUUGGGGCUAUAAAGCAAAGGAAGAAUGCUUUGAACAACACAGGUGUUAUUACUCUUGACAAGAGCUGAUACUCUUGUACCAACCAGAACUCUAUAAUCCUCACUGCGUUCAAAAUCGCUUGCUUAGGCUAUUCUCCAAGUAAAGUACACUACCAAGGCCAGAGCUACACCAGAGACAUGCUGAUCCAGUUUAAAGCCAAUAAAAUCAAAGAUUUUUGGCAAGAAAUGAGACAGCUCAUUCCAUUCGGAAGUUCAGACUACCAAUUUGAGGAAAAUAAUAAAAAUACAGAAAAGGAUAUCAAAACUAGAGCCCAGACAGCACUGAAGAGCGAAUUAGGAUAUAGCGAAUACUGAAAUACGCCUUUAACUCGCAAAGCAAAUAUUUCACAGGAACAAAAGCUGAGAUCAUGUAUAAGACAGCGCAAGGAGUCUCUCAAGAGGAAUGGCAUCAAGAAGCAGCAUGCAACUCCGAAUAUAAGUGUUGAGAGGAGUAGACCUAAGUUGUCACUAGAGUCUGAUUUCUUAAAUCAAUUUCAUCCAUAAUUAGUGGUGUUCAA